UCUCAUAUUAGCGGUCUGAGUUCCUUCCUUUGUUUUCACCUCACGUUAAAUAACCCCCCUAUCCAACUCAGUGCAAAGUAUCAUUCAACUAUCCAAGAACUCGAAUCCAAGCACCCGAAUCCAAACAAACAUGUCAACCUACGAAGCGUGUUACGAAACUUUGUUCAAUGCCUGCGAAAAAUUUAUUACACUGUACGAUCCUCUAGGGAUAGAGUUGGAGGUGAUGCUGUUAAGGCUAGCUAACAAGUAUGAUGGGUUUUCACAAUACAGGAGGAGGAGGGAAUGCAAAGGAGAAGGCGACGCAGGCGGAGGGGGGAACGCAGAAGGAGGGGGAACGCAGACGGAGGGGGCCCAGAAGGAGGAGAGAACCUAG